GACGUUGUCAUCGGCUUAUAAAUAUGAACACUUCCUCUAAUCCAGGCAUCGGCUGUUGGGUUGAUCGACUCGUCUCAGCCACAGACAGACUGGUCCGGUGGCUAAAAGGGUCGUACUUCUCAGAGACUAUAGAGCUUGCAGAGAUGGAGUACGAAAAGGACUUCCAGCGGUUAAAGACGCGUGGGACUAAGAUCAUGACAGAGACGGAUGGAUGGAAGGUGUCUUCGAAAUCUAAAGUACGAUAUUUUAAGAUAUUUUUCAACUGUUUGUUACUGUUUGUGUAGAUGCAAUUGUCGUUUUUUUUUUGUUUUUUUUUUAGUGUGUCUGUCAUCCUGUCAUCUUUCUUUAAUAGACAAAAACUGUCAACACGUAUUCUUUUAUACAUUUCCAGGAGAAUUUAAAGAUAGAAACAAAGUCAUCAGAGCUCUACAACUGUACCAUGUAAGUUUGUAUCUUACAACUGUACCAUGUAAGUUUGUAUCUUACAACUGUACCAUGUAAGUUUGUAUCUUACAACUGUACAAUGUAAGUUUUUAUCACGAAACUGUACCAUGUAAGUUGGUAUCAAGCAACUAUACCAUGUAAUUUUGUAUCUUACAAUUGUACCAUGUAAGUUGGUAUCACGCAAUUGUACCAUGUAAGUUUGUGUCACGCAACUGUACCAUGUAAGUUUGUAUCUUACAAGUGUACCAUGUAAGUUGGUAUCACGCAACUGUACCAUGUAAGUUUGUAUCAAGUAUUUAUUUUUUCUCCAAGAAUUGAGAAUGUAUGCAGCCAUAACUAAUGAGAAUGUAUGGAACGAAAACCAAUGAAAGUCAAAGCAUACUGAAAUUAUUGUCAUUCAUCACUCAAACAUUUAUGCUAAGAGUUAAUUCCAUGCAAAGAUUAUACAAGUCAUGAUACUGUUGAGAUAGCAAGUUUCAUAUUUAUAAUGUUAUAGAUAAACCAACGGCAUCAUCUCUAACAAAAAUCUCAUCUUAUUGUUGACUUCAUGAAAACAUGAUUUAUUGUUGUUGUGGUUCUUGUUAUAUCAUUAAACACCAGAUAAACUACGUCUAUCAAAAUGUCUGGCAGGACUCGAUGGUCUGAAGCUUAUCCACAGUCAAUAGAUCUCACCCUCCCCCCCAAUUUUUUUGUUAAAGACAAAUUUAAUUAUUUUUUUUUUAAUGGAAUGUUCCAGUAAUCGGAUGACCAUCACAAUUAAAGUUCCUGUCAACGUCAUCAGAGACACGUUCACCCUGUUGCCAGGUAACAGAAGAAAAGAGUGGGACACGGAUGUCAAGGAGGUCAUUGAACUCAAGAGAUUUUCUGACGUAGGUUUAAGCAUGCAUUUCCCCCUUUUGAACUGUUCCAGUUAGCUUACUAGGAAAAAAACAAUUUGGUCUAUCCAAAACAAUUUUUUUUUUUAAAUGUUGAUUUAUACAUCGCUUUCUCGAAAUCAUAAUAAUGAUUGGUUUUGUUGUAUGUAUCAACGCAUUUAUGUGCCGUUGAACAAUUUUGUUCACGUUUAAAUUUGUCACCCAAUUUAAAUAGUUCGGUGAGGUUUUUUUAAAGGGACAAUUAGCGGGUGGACUAUGAUUUUACUUUACCGGGCUAUAAAUAAAUUGUAUUUACCAUAAUUUAAAAAAAAAAAAAAAAACAUAUAUCUAAAAAAUAACACAUUAAAUCAGUUGGAUUUUUAUUAAUAUACGUAUACGGCAGUUUGUUGUUGUUGUUGUUGUUGUUGUUGUGUUGAUACAUUCAAGUACAGCAAUUUUUGGCAAAUGGGAAAAAAUAUAGUAUCGACCCCCCAAAAAAGUGUGUGGGGGGGGGCGGAUCUUGGCUUUUCCCGAGCGUCACCAACCCUAGCUACGCCAUUGAAUAUAAGUAUUCUGACUAGCUACGCCACUGGAUGGAAGUAUUCUGACUGAUAGAGCACGUUCAAAGCUGUUACACAUACCGCAUUGUAAAUGAGAGCUUUCAGCGCUCCCUCUUCCCCCUGCCCACAUCACCAAACACAGUAUAUAUUGUGGAUUAGGGUGGAAGUGACUUGUUUUUAUUGAAAUUGCUUGAAUAUUUGACUAAUUCUCUGUAAGCCAGGAUCAUACAAUACGUCAAUAUCAAACAACUUUGAAAAACGUGUCAAUCAUUUCACAUAAAACACUUUGGAAGGUGUAAUGUGCUAAUAAAAGUAAACCCGAAGUUUCUGGCCCUAAGUUUCUGGCCCUAAGUUUCUGGCCCUCAGUUUCUGGCCCUCAGUUUCUGGCCCUCAGUUUCUGGCCCUCAGUUUCUGGCCCUCAGUUUCUGGCCCUCAGUUUCUGGCCCUCAGUUUCUGGCCCUAAGUUUCUGGCCCUAAGUUUCUGGCCCUCUGUUUCUGGCCCUACCCUCAGUUUCUGGCCCUCAGUUUCUGGCCCUCAGUUUCUGGCCCUCAGUUUCUGGCCCUCAGUUUCUGACCCUCAGUUUCUGGCCCUCAGUUUCUGGCCCUCAGUUUCUGGCCCUCAGUUUCUGGCCCUCAGUUUCUGGCCCUAAGUUUCUGGCCCUAAGUUUCUGGCCCUAAGUUUCUGGCCCUAAGUUUAUGUCCCUAAGUUUCUCGUCGUAAUUUUCUGGCCCUAUGUUUAUGGCCCUAUGUUUCUGGUAGCCAGUUUGAUUGAACUUGAUAUUGAGAGAAAUAAAGAGUGCACAUAUUGAGUGUAAUAUUGAUUUGUCCAUUUAAAAUUGCCAUACACAAAUACUUCUCCAUCUAACUCUAUCCUGCGCUCUCUCCUCUCCAUACCCAGCUGUCACCAUCCCCGACGUCUACCCAUACGCACAUCUCUCCACCAACUACACCAUCCCAUAGAAUCUCAUUUGACAUUUAGCACUAAUUCUUUCCCCAACCCCACGAUGCCCUAUCCUGACCUUCCCACCCCCCACCCCCACCCAUACUAUCAACAUCAUUGCCCCUUUAAUGUCCACCUAUCUAUCACUCAAGUAGCUGCCCCCCCCCUCUCCUGAUUUGUCACCAGGAAUCACCCACCUACUGUCUCCUGCUAUCCCAUUCCCUAUCACCGCAGGGACUUGCCUGCCAUUCCAUUCCCUAUCACCGCAGGGACUUGCCUGUCAUCCCAUUCCCUAUCACCACAGGGACUUGCCUGCCAUUCCAUUCCCUCUCACCGAAUGGAUGUGCCUGUCAUUUUCAAUCUAAACCAAAACUUCCUGUUUCACGUUUUCUUACCUAUAUUAUAACCGUUCUCUCAACAGAUUAACCUCCUCUCGCAUAAACCCUUUAUCCUCGCUCUCUGCCCCCACGCCCUCUCUCUCUCUCUCUUUCUAUCCCACCCUUUCUCUUUCUCGCUCACUCCCUGCCUCUCCAGAAGUACUUACUUUGCUCAAUGCUCCCGCAAUCAUCUCGUACCAUCUCCUCCUGCACCUUUUUGCUCUCCCCAUCAUCUUGGACCAUAUCCUCCUGAACAUCUUUGCUCUCUCCAUCAUCUCCGACCAUCUCCCCCUGCACCUCUUCAGUCUUUGCUCUCCCCACAAUCUCCUUGUUCACCAUCUUGUACAAUCUGCUUGUUCACCUCUUUGAUCACCCCACCAUCUCGUAACAUCUCCUCACUCAUCGCUUUGCUCUUCCCACCACCUUGUACAAUCUCCUUGUUCACCUCUUUGAUCUCCCCACCCAGCAACCUCACACUACCCCGCUGUAUGACUCACGCCAUAUUUCCUUUUCAUUACAUAUAUUCUUGCAUAUAUUUUUAAUACUCAUCGUUUUCAAGUAGGCUACUGGGAGUGCUUAAAGUACAAAUGAUAAUAUCUUAUUUGAUAAGCUACUGAUUGUUUUGGAAUAAAAAUGAUAAUAUCUUAUUUCAUUACCUACUGAAUGUUUGAAGUACAGAUAAUAAGAUCUGAUUUCAGUACCUACUGAAUGUUUGAAGUACAGAUAAUAAGAUCUUAUUUCAUUAGCUUCUGAAUGUAUGAAGUACAAAUUAUAAUCCCUUAAUUUCAACAAAGAGUUAGGUGUUAACAAAGGGAGAUAACAAUGCAUCUAUUUGUAAUGAACGUAUACUUACCACCACUCAUAAGUACAAUAUCAAUGGUAAUAAAUUAUGGCAUUAGUUAUGUUUAGAUGACAAAUCUAACAUAAUAUGUCAUUGUUUAUGUUUGAAUCUCAAGAAAAAAUGGUUGCAAAUAACUCGAUCCAAUGGGUUGGGGAAAGGAAUCAUCUCCCCUCGAGAGUUUGUUGAUUUGUGUUGCCUGGAAGAAUUUGAUGACGGCUUCUUACUCACAGGUAAACGACCUUUCAAAUGUUGUAGGGAUGAAAUGUUGUAGUGAUGAACUGUUGUAGUGAUGAAAUGUUAUAGUGAUGAACUGUUGUAGUGAUGAACUGUUGUAGUGAUGAAAUGUUGUAGUGGUGAAUUGUUGUAGUGAUUAAUUGUUUUAGUGAUGAACUGUUGUAGUGAUGAAAUGCUGUAGUGAUAAAAUGUUGUAGUGAUGAAUUGUUGUAGCGGUGAAUUGUUGUAGUGAUGAACUGUUGUAGUGAUGAACUGUUGUAGUGAUGAACUGUUGUAGUGAUGAAAUGUUAUAGUGAUGAAAUGUUGUAGUGAUGAAAUGUUGUAGUGAUAAAAUGUUGUAGUGAUGAAAUGUUGUAUUAUGAUGUAUAUUAGGUCUGAGUUUGUUACUUUUUUUAAUUCUACAGACCCCAUAUGACUUAGCGGUAAAAAUAAGAAAGUUGAUAAUUAAAGUUAUCAAAUUACUAUAAUUAGAUUAAAGAGGCUAAAAUAUUGCAGUGAAUUAUCUCUCCUCCUUGUUCUUUUCUCAUCAGGUGGCAGUAUCGAUUACCCAGAAAUUCAAUCAGACGACAAAUACGUCAGAGGUUUCAGUGGUGCCUAUGGUUUUAGAGUUGACAAAGACCCGAGGUGAGUCAGAUCAAAUGGAUCGUACCUUGAAGCGAUGACUGAAUAUAAAAUAGCUCAUGUUUUUCUUUAAACUGACGUCAUUAAUUCAUUUCUUCGGAUCUGCGUGUUUAAAGUCUGGAUUUGUUAACUCUCCGUUCAUCUUCUCGUGCUGGGUGUCCAUGCUAAAGCAGGAGAAGGGGGGUCCCUGACUGUCUUUGGCUUAACAAAACGGGUUUGGUAACGGCUAAAAUGGGUGAAUGGGGAAUUAAAAAUAUAUAUAUAUAUAUUAAAAUUCAGUUUUCAAGAGCGGAAAAAAAUUACACUAAUUUCUUGAUGGAGGGUUACUUGAAUAAUAAAAGACUAUUAAAUGAAAUAAAGUUGUUUCCCUCUAAAAAAAAAAAAAAAGAGUUUUCUAACACAUCGGCUUAAGGAUUAUUAAUGUUUUAAUAUAUAUAUAUAUAUAUCAACCUCAAAACUUUGAUAGAAGAAUUGGUUAUAGAUGAGGUCAUCUUUCCUGGACAGUAUCAACUUCUUAGGAGAAGCAGAGGUUGUUCAUUUGUUCAUUUGUUCACAAAGAGUGAAGCAGGCAUGUGGAAUAAAAUGAAGUGUUCGGUAUCCCGUACAACAUGAAACCAAUCAGUUUGAAUAUAUCAGGUCUGAUUUUGUAAACUUAUCACUGAACGGAGCGUCGAAUCAAUCGAUUCAAAUGUUUGUUCACAUGUUUUGUGACGAUGGAUCUUCUGGGGAACUUCUGUAAAUGCAAGCAAUGAAGCGCUCGUCGGGAUAAUUGAGUUGUAGAUGGCAUUUAGCUUUAGUUGACCGAUUCGAUAAAGGACGCCAUGAUUACUCGACCUAUAAAGGAAUUAUUUAUAUGGCGUCUUAGCACUGAUUUUUUCAGAUAGUUAACUUUAUUUGUUGAGUUUUUAAUUACAUUCGAAAUAAAUUCAAUGAUCGUCGAAUAAAUUAGUAUGGUUCGCCUUCAUCAUUUUGACAUAAAAUUGGCAUUAAAUAUUGUUUCACAAUUUCAGCUUCAAAUUAUAGAUAAAUAGAAACCAAUCCCACAUACAAAACUACCUAUAGUUUUGAUACACACGAUAUCUCACACAUUCUACCACAGGAAUUUCUUUUUUUAAAACAACAAUAAUGAUUAGAUGGAAACAAAUGAUGUGACAAUAAGAAGUUACAAAUUACCACUCUCCACUGUCAACUGACCUCCCUCCACUGACCACACUCCACUGAGCGCACCCACUGACUACUCUCCACUAAAUACUCUCCACUGACUACUCUCCACUUUCCACUGUCCACUGCCCACUGUUCACUGACCAUUUUCUUCUGCCCACUGACCACUCUCCGCUGCCCCACUUCUACACUGUCCACUGAUCACUGUUCACUGACCAUUUUCUUCUGCCCACUGACCACUCUCCGCUGCCCCACUUCUCCACUGUCCACUGACCACUGUUCACCGACCAUGUUCUACUGCCCACUGUCCACUCCACAGCAAGCCUGGCUAUUCCCGACUGAUCUCUGCCACUGAGAUGGACUUUAAAGGCAAGAUUCCCCGUGCUUUGAUUGAUGCAACAAUCUCCACAGUCCUGGUCAGUUCUGUCGCAAACUGGCUGAAAUAUUUAGAGAAGUUGGGCUACCAGCCGUAGGUCAACGCAGUAAGAAAGCCUUCCAUUUUGCGUCUUUGCUUUUAGCAGACUAAAACUUCAACAACGAAUGAAUUCCAGUACAAAACUAUUUGCUAAAAUUAAUGAGAUAAUUAUUUUAUGACUUUUAAGUAUAUGACUUUUGAUUCCAGUGAC